AUGUGUAUAUCUCAUGAUUGAUACGGAGAAACUAGUCAUGGGCCAAAGGUCAAGAUACUUCUCUGGGAAAUGUUGCUGCUGAUGCUGCUUUACAAAGUCAUACAAUGAGUGUUUGGUUUAAGAAAGAUUUUCAUAUUUAAAAGAUUUUCAUCUUGGAAAUACAUCAAGUGAAAAUUAAAUUCUUUUGGGAAACAUUUUCCUUCUGAUAUAUUAUACUUGUAAUGGGCGACAUGGCAAACAACUCAGUUGCUUACAGUGGUGUGAAAAACUCUUUGAAGGAAGCUAAUCAUGAUGGAGACUUUGGAAUUACGCUCGCAGAGCUGCGGGCUCUCAUGGAGCUCAGGUCCACAGAUGCAUUACGAAAAAUACAGGAAAGCUAUGGAGACGUCUAUGGAAUUUGCACCAAAUUGAAAACAUCUCCCAAUGAAGGUUUAAGUGGAAACCCUGCAGAUUUAGAAAGAAGAGAAGCAGUGUUUGGAAAGAAUUUUAUACCUCCUAAAAAGCCAAAAACCUUUCUUCAAUUAGUAUGGGAAGCAUUACAAGAUGUCACUUUAAUUAUAUUAGAAAUUGCAGCCAUAGUAUCAUUGGGCCUUUCUUUUUAUCAGCCUCCAGAAGGGGAUAAUGCACUUUGUGGAGAAGUUUCUGUUGGGGAGGAAGAAGGUGAAGGUGAAACUGGUUGGAUUGAAGGAGCUGCAAUCCUCUUGUCUGUAGUGUGUGUGGUGUUAGUAACAGCUUUCAAUGACUGGAGUAAGGAAAAACAGUUUAGAGGUUUGCAGAGCCGAAUUGAACAAGAACAGAAGUUCACUGUCAUCAGGGGUGGUCAGGUCAUUCAGAUACCUGUAGCUGACAUUACUGUUGGAGAUAUUGCUCAAGUGAAAUAUGGUGAUCUUCUUCCAGCUGACGGCAUACUUAUUCAAGGCAAUGAUCUUAAAAUUGAUGAAAGCUCAUUGACUGGUGAAUCAGAUCAUGUUAAAAAGUCUUUAGAUAAGGAUCCCUUACUUCUAUCAGGUACUCAUGUAAUGGAAGGCUCUGGAAGAAUGGUAGUUACAGCUGUAGGUGUAAAUUCUCAAACUGGAAUUAUCUUUACCUUACUUGGAGCUGGAGGUGAAGAGGAAGAGAAGAAAGAUGAGAAGAAAAAGGAAAAGAAAACAAAAGCCCAGGAUGGUGCAGCCAUGGAAAUGCAGCCAUUGAAGAGUGAAGAAGGUGGAGAUGGUGAUGAAAAAGAUAAAAAGAAAGCAAAUUUGCCAAAAAAGGAAAAAUCUGUUUUACAAGGGAAACUUACAAAACUGGCUGUUCAGAUUGGCAAAGCAGGUCUGUUGAUGUCUGCCAUCACAGUUAUCAUUCUAGUAUUAUAUUUUGUCAUUGACACCUUCUGGGUUCAGAAAAGACCAUGGCUUGCUGAGUGCACACCAAUUUAUAUACAAUACUUUGUGAAGUUCUUCAUUAUUGGAGUUACAGUUUUAGUGGUCGCAGUGCCAGAAGGUCUUCCACUUGCAGUCACGAUCUCACUGGCUUAUUCAGUCAAAAAAAUGAUGAAAGAUAAUAACUUAGUAAGGCAUCUGGAUGCUUGUGAAACCAUGGGAAAUGCUACAGCUAUUUGUUCAGAUAAAACAGGAACGUUGACAAUGAACAGAAUGACAGUCGUUCAAGCUUACAUAAAUGAAAAACAUUAUAAAAAGGUUCCUGAACCAGAAGCUAUUCCACCAAAUAUUUUGUCCUAUCUUGUAACAGGAAUUUCUGUGAAUUGUGCUUAUACAUCAAAAAUAUUGCCACCAGAGAAAGAGGGUGGAUUACCUCGUCACGUUGGUAAUAAAACUGAAUGUGCCUUGUUGGGACUUCUUUUGGAUUUAAAACGGGAUUAUCAGGAUGUUAGAAAUGAAAUACCAGAAGAAGCACUGUACAAAGUCUACACCUUCAAUUCUGUUAGAAAGUCCAUGAGUACUGUCCUGAAAAAUUCAGAUGGAAGUUAUCGAAUAUUCAGCAAGGGUGCAUCUGAGAUAAUUCUGAAAAAGUGUUUCAAAAUCUUGAGUGCUAAUGGUGAGGCAAAAGUGUUCAGACCAAGGGACCGUGAUGAUAUUGUAAAAACUGUGAUUGAACCGAUGGCAUCAGAAGGCUUGAGAACCAUAUGUCUUGCAUUCAGAGAUUUUCCAGCAGGAGAACCAGAACCAGAGUGGGAUAAUGAAAAUGAUAUUGUCACCGGCCUUACAUGCAUUGCUGUUGUGGGGAUUGAAGAUCCUGUGAGACCUGAGGUGCCAGAUGCAAUUAAAAAGUGUCAGAGGGCUGGAAUUACUGUGCGGAUGGUCACUGGUGAUAAUAUUAAUACUGCUCGGGCCAUUGCUACCAAAUGUGGUAUUUUACAUCCUGGGGAAGAUUUUCUGUGCCUAGAAGGUAAAGAUUUUAACAGAAGAAUACGAAAUGAAAAAGGAGAGAUUGAGCAAGAGAGGAUAGACAAGAUUUGGCCAAAACUUCGAGUACUUGCAAGAUCAUCUCCUACUGAUAAGCAUACACUGGUUAAAGGUAUAAUUGACAGCACUGUCUCAGACCAACGCCAGGUUGUAGCUGUAACUGGUGAUGGUACAAAUGAUGGCCCAGCACUAAAGAAGGCAGAUGUUGGAUUUGCAAUGGGUAUUGCUGGAACUGAUGUAGCUAAAGAAGCAUCCGAUAUUAUUCUCACAGAUGACAACUUUACAAGCAUUGUUAAAGCAGUUAUGUGGGGACGAAAUGUCUAUGACAGCAUCUCAAAAUUCCUUCAGUUCCAACUUACUGUUAAUGUAGUAGCAGUGAUUGUUGCUUUUACGGGCGCCUGCAUUACUCAAGACUCACCGCUUAAGGCUGUGCAGAUGCUGUGGGUAAACCUCAUAAUGGAUACACUCGCUUCCCUGGCUCUGGCAACGGAACCACCCACUGAGUCUCUCUUGCUUCGGAAACCUUAUGGUAGAAAUAAGCCUCUCAUCUCACGUACAAUGAUGAAGAAUAUUUUGGGUCAUGCAUUCUAUCAACUUGUAGUAGUCUUUACACUCUUAUUUGCUGGAGAAAAGUUUUUUGACAUUGAUAGUGGAAGAAAUGCUCCUUUGCAUGCUCCUCCUUCAGAACAUUAUACUAUUGUUUUUAAUACCUUUGUGCUGAUGCAACUUUUCAACGAAAUAAAUGCCCGGAAAAUUCAUGGUGAAAGAAAUGUAUUCGAAGGAAUCUUUAACAAUGCCAUCUUCUGCACAAUUGUUUUAGGCACUUUUGUGGUACAGAUAAUAAUUGUGCAGUUUGGUGGAAAACCUUUCAGUUGUUCAGAACUUUCAAUAGAACAGUGGCUAUGGUCAAUAUUCCUAGGAAUGGGAACAUUACUCUGGGGCCAGCUUAUUUCAACAAUUCCAACUAGCCGUUUAAAAUUCCUCAAAGAAGCUGGUCAUGGAACACAAAAGGAAGAAAUACCUGAGGAGGAAUUAGCAGAGGAUGUUGAAGAGAUUGAUCACGCUGAAAGGGAGUUGCGGCGUGGCCAAAUCUUGUGGUUUAGAGGUCUGAACAGAAUCCAAACACAGAUGGAUGUAGUGAAUGCUUUCCAGAGUGGAAGUUCCAUUCAGGGGGCUCUAAGGCGGCAACCCUCCAUCGCCAGCCAGCAUCAUGAUGUAACAAAUAUUUCUACCCCUACACAUGUAGUGUUUUCCUCUUCUACUGCUUCUACUACUGUGGGGUAUUCGAGUGGUGAAUGCAUUUCGUAGUUCUUUAUAUGAAGGGUUAGAAAAACCGGAAUCAAGAAGUUCGAUUCACAACUUUAUGACACAUCCUGAGUUUAGGAUAGAAGAUUCAGAGCCUCAUAUCCCCCUUAUUGAUGACACUGAUGCCGAAGAUGAUGCUCCUACAAAACGUAACUCCAGUCCUCCACCCUCUCCCAACAAAAAUAACAAUGCUGUUGACAGUGGAAUUCACCUUACAAUAGAAAUGAACAAGUCUGCUACCUCUUCAUCCCCAGGAAGCCCACUACAUAGUUUGGAAACAUCACUCUGAUUGUAAGCUGAAUGUUAACACACUAGCUGCAUUGUAAAGAAACAAAUUGAAACUGGGUCUUUUCACAUAUUGUGAUGGACAAGCUAGUAUUCUUGUCUUUGGACUUCAACAGAAGACACACUUGUACGAAUGUAGAUUUAUUUUUUUAAAAAAAAAAAAAGCAAAGCUUUCUGCCAGACUGAGGGUGCUUUUUGGGGGGUGGGAGAAAUGAACUGACAGAUAAACAGUAACUCAGCGUAAGUGACCCGUGGAUCAUCAGUAGUACCCAAGCAUGGUCCUGAACAGUGUAUUAGCAGAGCUUUAGUUUAUCUCAGUCCUGGAUGGGAGAGAGAGGGAGGAGUAAAACUGGGCAAGACAAAGAGCCCUGGAUCGUUGAAUUGAUAGUUUAAUUUCUGCUGUUGGCUGUUAAUAAUUUGGAUUAUUUAUGUUUAUAAAUGAUACAGAUCUGUUUACAAGGUUUGUAGAUACUUUUUUUGUUCCUGUUCAUAGAUGGGAAGCUUCCUUAUAACUGAUGCAGAGAAAAAUUAGUCCUUCAAAUACUGCUGUAUUUUCAGGAAAAAAAAAGGGGGGGUGUUUCUAUUGAAACUGUACUAAAUUUUUGCCUACAAUUUACCUUGUUAAAUAUUGUAGAUAAAUUGCUAAUACUAAUAGCCAAAUAGAUAACACUAAUGCUUUGUUUAAAAAAAUGAAAAAAACAAAACAAAACAAAAAAACAUGAGCAGUGGUGUUCUAAUGAAGUUAUGACAUCUGUCCUAAUUAGUUUCUUAAAUACAUUUACUACUUAAUGGUUUUGAAGCAACUGUUUAAUUUUUAAAAUUUUUGAAAACUUGCUAAUAACCUUUUGUUCAGAAUUUAGUAGAUUGUUUAAUGCAGGACAUCAACUACAUAAUGAAAGAUGCUUGAAAUGCUUUUGUUAUUUCAGGCAAAUCAAAUUAAAUCAGACUAUCAAACUACAAGAGAACCUUAGUCCUUUUUGUUUUUGUCUAAACAUGUUAGUUUAGUGAUGUCUUGGUGAACUGUGAGUGAACUGUAUUGAUUUUUCUAAUCUUUAGAGACCUUCACACAGCAUGAGGGCUGUUGGCAUUUUGAAAAAGGUUAAUAAGUAGAAGCAUACAUGUUUUCCUUUUGUUUUUGAAACUUGUUUGUAAACAUAAAUAAAUAUGCCCUUUUAUUAAAUAAAUUCAUGGCAAUGUUUUUUUAAAAGACAUUUCAGCUUCUUUACUCAGUUCUGCAUAUACAGUGCAUCAGUCUGUUCUCUUUGACCACAAUUGGAAUACAUUUCAAGAUGGUAACAGCCCCAUGAAGUACCGCUUUAAUUCCUUGCUGGUAAUCUAAUAGAAUCAGAUUAAGAAAAUUAACACAAUUUUACCAUUUGACAUACUCUUCAUUGAAUUUAGUUUGUCUAAAAUAGUCUCACAGGUAAAAAACAUAAUAACAAUGACCACCAUUGUCUUUGAUACAUUUAUUUUAAUUCUUAAGUGGCCAAAUAACAGAUUAGGUAAAAUGAGAUUACAUGAAAAGGUUCUAAAAUGAUAUAUUUAGAUGCAAUAAUUAACCAUAUGCUAGAAUGCCCACCUCUAAGCCAAUUGGAUUCUUUAGCUCUCUUUUUCUUUCCUUUGUCUACCUUCUUCUCUUUUUUGCCUCUGUCUUUACCCUUUAGAAACUGGCAUGUGUUAGGGCCCAGAUUUCACCAGAUACACAAUCCUCAGGCUGACAUAAAGUUUACGAGGACUGCUACUAUAACUGAGAGUGCUGACCAAGCAAAGAAACAUUUAGUUGAUGGUGCUUGAUAUUUUUGGUGGGUGGGGGAAAUCUUUUUCUCACCAUCAAAUCUUUGCAGUAAUCCUCUGCAGGUCUUAGAAACACAUUGGCUCUGUCAGCAUUUGUAAUUGUACAUUUAUUCAUCAGGUAUUUAUAGUGAAUCAUACUGUAAAAAAGAGGUAGCAUGAUAUGCUGGAAAGCAUAUUAGGCUAGGAGUCAAGACCUGGUUUCUAGUCUUGGUUUUGCCAUUAAUGUGCUGCAUGAUCUUGGGAAAAUCAUUUACCCUAAAUAAGGGUGGUGGACUAUCUUGAAGAACCCUUUCAACUCUAAAAAUUGACCCUAUCAACUGGAGAGCCCACAAGGCAUAGGGAAUAGAGAAAAGGGAAAUGUUUUCAGUUUUCUUUUUUAUUUUGGUUAUGCUUAAAUAUGAAUGUAAUUACCACAAGAUUUAGAAGUGCAUGUGCUUUGGAGGAUUUGUAUUGAGCUUUUACAGUAUUCAUUUUUCAACUCAAGGCAAUGGCUUUCUACACCAACUCUAAUCCAUAAACGGGUCUUAUGACAUCCAUGAAGUAGUAGCAAGACAUGCUUAGUGUGUAUUUCUCUCUUUGAGACACUGUAAUUUCUACCAGAAAUUUCCAGAGCAUUAUGUAGGUAGAAAAAAAUGCAAGCAAGCUGUUAAAGAUCUUGGAUCCCAUUAUAUAGUAUGUAUAGCUGAAAUCUGUAAUUCAAUCACUUUUUCUCUUUUAUCCUCUAACCAAAAAAUUGUUUAAUUUUGCAUCCCAAAUGUUUUUAAUCUUUGUAUAUUUUUUAAAAAUCCUUUUCUCCUCAUCAUUGCCUUUUUUGUGGUUGUAAAUAGACUUACUUGCACUUUGAAGAUGAGUUACUCCUUGUCAUCUUACAAAUAUGUGAUAUGGUAAUUUUCAUAACAGAUGUCAGUUUUGAACCAAGAAUUGGUGAUUUGUUUAUAAGAAAAAAACUGGCUUCAUUUCUGUGAAAUUGCUCUUUGAAAAUUUCUUUUUACACGUGUAAGCCAACUGAGAUACCGUGAUGGUGUUGAUUUCUUUCAAUGAUGCUUACCAUCUAUUUUAGCCACUGAGCCUUUUAUUAUUUGUCUAUUUGUAAAGUUUAUUUGUCUUAACUCAUUUAAUAAAUAUACUGUUUAUCUGUUUCUGAA